AACAAAACGAGUCCUAAAUGAUAUUUCAGUACUCCAAACUAAUAAAAAGGUCUGGGAGAGACAAAAGAGCGAUCUCCAAACAGUUCGCAGGCCUGGUCUGAGCCGAGCUAGGAGGAAAUGGGGGAUGGAUACUGGAAUCGACAACAGCCUAUGCAUCCUUCCGCUGGGAUGUUCAAGCGACCUCGCACUGACUAUGAUCUUCCACCUUCUCUGGUGCCCUCAGCUCAUGAGAUGCAUAGCUAUUUAGGAAGAGAUGAUCGUGGUGGACCACAUGGUUCAAAGGACUCAAAAACAAUUGGAUCAGCAUAUGACAACUAUCUCCAGAAUGCACAAUUUACCUCAUUUUCUUCUGGAGAAGCUAGUAAAUUUGGCGGAGUUGGGUUAGGAAGGAUGGCUGGUGGUGGAGUGCUUGAUCGUCCAUUAACUGAUCCUGCUGCAAUGGGUCGUUCUGGGGCUGCUGGUCCAGAUCUUGGAUUGGAUGGUCGUGGCAUGGGUUUUGAUGGUCGGCUUCCCAUGGAUCCACUAAAUCCCCGAGGCAUGGGUUUUGAUGGUCGUCUUCCAGUGGAUGCAAUGCCCAGGCCGACCCGUGAGACACUGCCUCUCCCUCCAGAUGCUUCCAAUACUCUAUAUGUGGAGGGGCUUCCUCCUGACAGCAAGAGGAGAGAAGUAGCUCAUAUUUUUCGUCCUUUUGUGGGGUAUAAAGAAGUAAGACUUGUGAGCAAGGAGUCCAGACAUCGUGGCGACCCACUUACCCUUUGUUUUGUGGAUUUCACCAAUCCAGCUUGUGCAGCGACUGCUUUGAGUGCCUUGCAAGGCUAUAAGAUGGAUGAGCAUGAUCCGGAUUCUGCCUACUUGCGACUACAGUUUUCAAAGUACCCUGGCCCAAGGUCUGGUUCUGGGCCUCGUGGUAGGAAGAGGUAAUCAGGCUUUAGAUGAGGACACCAGGUUGAGUUCAAUCUCUCACAUUUGCUCAUACGUACAUUCAUAUGUUUCUCUCCUAGCUUGAGUUUUUCUUUGAUGUAUGGUAUUUAGAGCAUGCAAUUUAGAUUGCUCAACCCUGGGCCAUAUACUAACUAUGAAAAGUUCAGGAAUGCAAAAAACAAAAAAAGGGUCUAGGUGGUGAGGAGAAUGAACUAGAUUUCAUAAUUUCCUUGAAGUACUGCAGGAGAUUUUCUUAUUUUUCAGGAAAUAGAAGUUUGUUGUAAAAUUAUUGUUACAAUCAGAUCUGUUUUUAUUAUUCUGCUUGAGACAUGUGUUUCAAUAAUGUUAAAUGAUUUGUGUUUCAUAA